AAAGCCUGUAACUCCUCGUCUCCACAAUCCCUCUCCCCUCUCCUUCUCCACAUACAUAUACAAUUAAUUAUUAUAUAUGUAUAUGUAUGUAUAUGUAAGUCUUGAUUCAUAAGAUUUUGUAUAUCUGCUAGGGUUUUCUCAAAUUUGGCUGCGAUCGAUCAUGGGGAGGGUGAAGCUGCAGAUCAAGAAGAUUGAGAACACAACGAACAGGCAGGUGACAUUCUCGAAGAGGAGAAAUGGUCUGAUCAAGAAAGCUUAUGAGCUUUCUGUGCUCUGCGAUGUUGAUGUUGCACUCAUCAUGUUUUCCCCUUCUGGACGAGUCAGUAUUUUCUCUGGAAAUCGAAGCAUCGAAGACAUCAUGGUGAGAUUCGUGAAUCUUCCCGAGCACGAAAGAGGGAGGUUACAGAAUCAAGAGCAUUUACAAAGGGCCCUUGGAAAGUUGAAAUCUGAUGCUGACAGAAGUUAUCCAGUACCCAACAGCAGCCCAGCUAAUAUGAAUGAUUCUCAACUGGAGGAAAUUCAGAAACAAUUGAUGAAAUGCAAGUGCCAACUCGAAGACAUGGAGAAAAAACUGAGGAUAUAUGAAGGCGAUCCUUCGGAAGUCAACGUGUUGUGUGAGGCCGAGUAUAGAGAACAAGUUCUCGAAGAGAACUUGCGACAAAUUAGAAUGCGCAAGCAUAUUCUACAAGAUCAGUAUAACAAUCCCUGCCCACAAACCUCACAGAUGAUGAACUUGCCUAUAGAGACCGGCGACAUAAAUGUUAUGGGCGUGAGAAAUCAAGAUAAUGUGUUAGAUUGGCUUCCGCCGAGGGAUCCACAAGUUCAAAUCCUCAACUUCUUGGAUUCGAACGGGCUUCUUCCGCCGAGGGAUCAAUCUCAGCACAUGGAUGAAGUGAUGCGACCGUCAUCCCUAACGCUCGUGCAUGCCCCGAGCUUGCACAUUCAAAGUCACUUGAGCCGGAGCGCAUGCGACAAUAAUGCAGGAGAGGAUGCGCGAAGGCACGAUCAAUUCGGACAAGCAAUCGAUGUCAAUCUUUCUCCAUGGACUGAUCUCUACCCAACCGGUUUGGCGACGAGCUCGACUCACUUUUGUUCUCUCAUGAAAUGAAAUGAGAGAUAUUUUCAAGAACUCUAGCUAGUUUUACUUGGGAGAAUUGGUUUAAUCUCCCAAUAUAAACAUCAGAACAAAUUAUAUACAUUUUUGAAUUUGUGUAAGUUUGCUUAUAGAUGUCAGAAAAAUAAAUGUUUAUUAUUAGUACACCAUCGAAGCUUAUUAUAUUUGAAACAUUGUUGUUUGUU